GCGGGCCGCUCCACUUCCGUGCGGGCGGGCGCAUGGCGGGGCCCGCGGCCUCCCGGGAGCUGCUGGAGCCGCGGCGCCGGCCAGGGCUGGAAGACAUUUUGCUGAUUAAUUCAAAAUGUAACAACAAGAAGGCCACAACUUUACAGACGGUUAAGGUGCCGAGGAGCAAUGUUUUGGACCGAGUGCAGAGCUUUUUGCCACAGAUGGCCCAGGCAAAUGAUGAGCUCAAAAGAAAAAUGGUAACAGCACCUGCUCAUCAGUUUGAUAUUGAACAUCUAGACAGUGAAACAGAAAAAGUUAUAGAAAUGAAUGUGGCUGUAGUUGAACUGAGUGAUUCUGAUACAGAUGAAGAGUUGCUGUCUUCAGAAGAUGACUCAGAAUCUGAUGAAGAUGACUCUGUAACUGAUGAAGUGACAGUAGACAACAUUAAGUUUCCUAAACAAAAGGGAGAAAAGGGGAAAAUAGAAAUUUUGGACAGCAAAGCAAAUGAGUAAAUCCACUUUAUUUUACUUAAAAAAAAAAAAACCCAAACCAACCAAAUCAUGUUUUCUCAUUUUGAAGAGUUGGCCCUUAAAACCACUUUAUUUCCCAGUGUAGCAUCUCUCAGGAUCCUUUAAAAUGCUAUAGUUUACAUGGUGGAGAAUUCAGGAUCCAUUCAUGACUGGGGAAGGCUGAAUUUCUGAAGAACUAAGUGUGAUUUGGUUCAUCAAAUAACAGGGAAAUGCACUUCAUAGUGCAUAGUAGAUUACACCAAGAAAACAGCUAGAGUAAGGGGCACUUGAAGGUUAAAAAAUCUUGUUCUGUUGCUUUGUUGAAGAAAGACUUUUUUUUUUUUUAUAGGAAGAUAGAAUUUUUUGCUUCAAGGGCAAGAAAGAAUUAACUAGGAAAAAAAGCUUUGUUUUUCUAUUCCAUAUCCUGUGCAGUGUUAUGUACACUCUCUUCAUUAAACAUGAUCUUUAAUACCUCA